AUGAAGAAUCAAAAGAUGCCAAAGGCUAUAGCUGCAGCACACAGGAAACGACUCCAAGGUGUGACUUUUGCAACUAAGCUAUCUCCAGGCACCCACCGAGUUGCAGAAACACCUGAUCUUCACAAAUGUAAGAGCGUCAGACUCAGCAGUCACACACUGAAGCCUGAGCUAGCUAGUCUAAUUGAAAAGACAUUGCAAGAAGCUGAAAUUUCAAGAACACAAGAAGCUACACUGAGUACAGAAGAAGAUCUUCGCUGUCUGAAAGUGAUAAAGAAGAAAGUGAGUGAAAUUACCAAAGAUAAGGAGAUCAGCCAUGAACAAGCAGCAUCUGCUAGAGUGGACAGCAGUAAACAAACGGAUCGUGAGCUGCUAGCAGCAACUCUCACGAGCUCCCUGGCCCCUGUUUCUGUCUGCUGUUUAAAUGCCAAUAUUGGUUGCAUUAGUCUAAUAGAUAAAGACUUGUCAUCAUUUGUGGAAAUUGACCUGAGAGAUAGAAUUGAAGAGGGGAAACAGCUGCGCGCGCCGGCAGGAGGGCGAGGGAGGCAGCCGGCGACUUCGCUGGGGAGGUGCGCGGCCGCGUCAUUCUUCGGGGAGCCCGGUAUUGAUGGCUUCCCCCCUUUUUUCCCUACUUCUUGGGGGGCUCCUCCAGCUGUGGUGUUCUACAAAGGCCGGGAGGAGGCUUCCCAGUUCCUUCGCCAGAGGCACCGCCGAGCCUACCAGAUCUUCGAGGAGACCAAGCAAGGCCAUCUGGAGAGAGAGUGCGUGGAGGAACUCUGCAACCGGGAGGAAGCCCGAGAAGUGUUUGAGAACGACCCUGAGACGGAAUAUUUUUACCCGAAAUAUUUGGACUGUAUUCGGGACUAUGGGUCACCAUAUGCACGAAGUCAAGGUUUCCAUACAUGUGUGCAUAAUUUACCAGAUCAAUGUUCUCCUAACCCGUGUCAUAAAGAAGGUACUGUAAAGUGUGAAGAUCUGAAAGGUGGAUAUCUUUGCCACUGCAGAAGAGGUUGGGAAGGCGAGAGAUGUGAGAAAGAUAUUAAUGAAUGUGCAGAUCACAAUGGCGGGUGUAAACAGAUCUGUUAUAACAAGCUAGGCAGCUAUCACUGCUCGUGUUAUACUGGCUAUGUUCUUACGAGUGACAAUAAAUCAUGUGAAGAUAUAGAUGAAUGUGCCGUAUCAACGGGGAUCUGUGGAGCAGCUCAUUGUAAAAAUUUAAUAAGCUCUUAUGCAUGUGUUUGUGAUGCUGGUUACAAUUAUGAUGAGGUCACAAAGACUUGCAAAGAUGUGGAUGAAUGUGAACAGAACUUCUGUGAGCAAACGUGUGUCAAUUCACAAGGAAGUUAUACUUGCCACUGCAACGGAAGAGGUGGAGUUAAGCUCUCCAGUGACAUGAAUACCUGCGAGGAUAUUCUGCCUUGUGUAUCAUUUGCUACUGCAAAAAGUGUUAAAUCCCUCUAUCUUGGAAGAAUUUUUAGUGGGAUACCCGUCAUCAGACUAUCCUUUAAAAGGAAACAACCUACAAGACUUGUAGCUGAAUUCGACUUUAGAACCUUCGAUCCUGAAGGUAUCCUUUUUUUUGCUGGAGGCCAUCAAGACAAAACCUGGAUAGUCUUGGCUUUGCGCAAUGGUCGGUUGGAGCUGCAACUCAAGUACAGUGGAAUUGGCCGGGUGACCAGCAGUGGCCCAGUCAUCAACCAUGGAAUGUGGCAGACAAUAUCAGUUGAAGAAUUGGAAAGAAGCUUGGUUAUAAAAGUCAAUAAGGAUGCAGUUAUGAAGAUAGCUGUCUCAGGGGAUUUGUUUACUCAUGACAGAGGACUUUAUCAACUAAACCUAACAGUUGGAGGAGUUCCUUUUAAGACCCAUAAUCUUGUCCAUUCUAUUAACCCUCGACUAGAUGGAUGUAUGAGGGCUUGGAACUGGCUAAACAGCGAGGACGUGACUAUCCAAGAGACAGUCCGAUUGAACGAUAGGAUGCAGUGCUUCGCAAUUGCAGGGAGAGGCUCUUUCUACCCUGGCAAUGGAUUUGCUAUGUUUAAUCUCAGUUAUGCUUAUCCAUUUGAUAUCAACGAAACCAGGAAGCAGUGGGAAGUAAAAGUAACUAUUUUAAUUCGUCCAGCCACAGAUACAGGGGUGCUCUUUGCACUUGUUAGUAAUGAACCAAUAAUCCCUUUGUCAGUGGCCCUGAUUGACUAUCAUUCCACAAAGAAACUUAAACAACAGUUUAUUGUCUUGGCAGUGAAGAACACUGUGGUUUGCAGGCUGGCAGUAAGCAUUUGUGACAAACAAGAGCACUUGGUGGACAUCUCCAUCAGCAAUAGUCGGAUAGCUUUGACAGUAGAUGGGACUGUGGGACAGAACGAACUAAGCCAGGCACAGCUGGAAAAUACCCUGUCUGUUUUAGAUUUUUACCUACAGUCAUCUGUAAAGACCUAUGUGGGAGGACUGCCAGAUGUUCCUGUCACUUCAACUCCAGUCACUGCUUUCUACCAUGGCUGCAUGACGGUGAAAGUUAACAAUCAAGCCCUGGAUUUAGAUGAGGCUCUCCAAAAGACCAGUGACAUCACCUCUCAUUCUUGUCCUCCAGUAGAAAUUGGUCAAUAGAUGCCGCUGCAACACAGAAUUUUUGUAUUCAACAUAUGUGCAUUUCAGUGCUAGCCCUAUAUAUAUAUAUAUAUAUA